AUGUGCAAGAGACUUCAAGGCGUCAAGUCGGGAGAGAAGAGCAAGGGAAGGGGGACGGAAGCGUGGGAAAAGACCAGUGAGAAACAAUAUGUCAUCUUCAUCGAAGAAUAGGGUAAUACGAACGUCCAUGUGUGUUUGCACCAGCAGAGCACUGUUCGUCAAAAGAACGGAAGGCAAGACCCAUGUCUAUAUGGUCCAGGUCUGACUUGAUUUUUGAUGGAGUGUCUUUGUCCAGUUGCAAGAUCCACGACCAACUCAUCAACAUCCAUUCUUGAGAAGGCACCUCCCAUUUCAACCAUGCAGCAAUAGCAGGACUUUCAAAGAGAAAAAAAAAACACUACUUGACUCCACUUCAAACAUAUUCUCAAACCCACCUUCGUCUUUCGUGCCUCAUCUUCCCUGAUCGACCUCAUCUCAGAAGUAAAUUGAAAAAAAAUACUAACUCCCCCAUCAUUCUAGUGGCCGCUUCAGUACCACACCCAAAGAUCGUCAAGAAAUACACCAAGAAGUUCAAGAGACACCACUCCGACAGAUACGACAGAGUCGCCGAGAACUGGAGAAAGCAAAAAGGUAUCGACUCAUGUGUCCGUAGAAGAUUCAGAGGCACCAUCCCACAGCCAAACAUUGGUUACGGUUCCAACAAAAAGACCAAGUUCAUGACCCCUUCGGGACACAAGGUCUUUUUAGUCAAGAACAUUGGUGACUUGGACGUCUUGUUGUUGCACACAAAGACUUAUGCUGCUGAAAUCGCUAGCAACAUUAGUGCUAAGAACAGAAUUGAAAUUGUUGCCAAGGCUAAGAAGUUUGGUGUCAAGGUUACUAAUCCUAAGGGAAGAGUCUCUAUUGAAGCCUAA